UUCUAACGUGCAAUUUUAGCAUCUAUAAGUCUACGUCAGAUUCUAUUAAGAAGUAUUUCUCAUUUGUGGUUUCUGCCAUAUUACACCUGCAAUUAUCCUGGAAAAAUUCCUUGAUAAUUUCGUUAUGAUUUUAGUUCAUAGCUGAAGCGCCUUAAGGCCUCUUAAGCGCCUUUUUCCGGUACUUUCCUCUCAGUGCUUGCGACCAGGAUUCAUAGCUCCUGCACUCACCCACAUUCCUUUGCAGUCAAAGUUCACUACCCUGUUUUUAAAGCUAGCCGAGGGUAUUAAAGUAAAUCAAAAUGAUAUGGAUUUUAGGUCCAAUUACGAUGGUGUAACAAUGUAAUCACAGUCUCGAAUCUUUUGGAUCUGAGUGCAUCAGUCACAAUGCGAAUAUGAUGACCACGAGUUUAUAGCAUUGUAAGGUUUCAGGUGAAUCUGCGAAUUCUCUCUAGGACUCUGAUUGCAGUUGUUACGCUGGUCGAAGGUGACCUGAAAUCAUGUGAGCAUGUGCUUAUACGUUCUUUCUUGCACCAGAGCUGACAUUCGUGGCAUUGGUAACGUAGAAAAGCAGUGCACCCCUUCACAAUCAACCUGCGAACUGCGUUGAUUGAUCGUUGCUAUGAUGGGAAAGUCUCAGGAAUGAUGAGACGCCCCAUGAUUUAGCAGAGACGUGAGCAAUUUGUAGCUUGGAAGACUGUAUCAUUCGGUGACGAAAUCUACACUUCUGUCUGAUAGACCUAUAUACACAUAAUUUGUGGGUUGAGAUCGAAACAGGGUAUUAGUGCUGUGUUCAGAGUCGGCCAAUCUGGUGAAGAGGGUAAAUAGCUUCCGGUUGAAUCGUUUUCAGGAAUAUUAUGCGACCGCGGUGUGGCACAAUGCCGGAAUUCGUUAUAGAUUCCGUGAAGGCUGCGAAGCUGCAGCAUGCGUCAGGGUUAGGAGUGGAGCAGUUCCUUGCGAGUCUCGUAAAGCCGACGGCGGCGUUGGCUCGCCCACCUAUUUCGAAAUUUCACGUUGGGGCCGUGGGGCUAGGGAUCAGUGGGCGCAUCUUUAGAGGUGUGAAUUUGGAAUUUCCAGGGCUUCCUUUGAACUGCACCGUGCACGCCGAGCAGUUCCUCGUCGCCAAUGCGCUGCAACAUGGCGAGAAGCGGAUUGUGUUUCUCGCGGUGUCCGCUGCCCCGUGCGGUCAUUGCAGACAAUUUCUUCAGGAGUUGAGAGAUGCAGGCAAUAUCAGGGUGUUGGUAACAGACGGAAAAGACGCCCAAGUGCGCCCACUUUCCUAUUUCCUCCCGCAUAGAUUUGGUCCAGAUGAUUUAUUGUCCAAAGACUUUCCCCUUCUCCUUGAGUCAAGGGCCAAUGGCCUCGUUGCCCCAGGUACUCCAGCGAUUUCAACUGGAGAGGAAUACUCAAACCUUGAAGUCGACCUUCACCCCAACUUAUGUGAAGAGGAUGUAGCAGACAAGGAGGGGCUCACAGAGUCCACGAAGUCCAACUUGUUGAAGGAGCCAAGCCUGAACUCCUGGUUGCGUAACAGCAAGCGCUCUCUACUAGAACUCAAAACUGCGGCGUUUGUAGCUGCCAAUGCAUCGUACGCGCCCUACAGCAGGUGUCCCUCUGGGGUAGCUAUCUAUACAAAGAAAGGCGAAAUCUAUCGUGGUUCUUACAUGGAAUCUGCGGCUUACAACCCAGGCCUUCCUGCUCUACAAGCUGCAAUUGUAGCAUUUAUUUGUGGAGGGGGUUCCAACUACGGCGAAAUUGAGGCUGCUGUUCUUGUGGAGACAGUAGAUGCCCCUGUGCGACAUGCGGCUACAGUCCGUCUUGCUUUGGAAAGCUUAGCCCCACAGGCAUCCUUUCAUUUUUAUGAAGCUCAUGUACAGAGAAAACAGUAGUGUUCGAUCAAAGAAUCAAAUUUACAUAAGACUCCGAUUGAUUUAGGGUUUCGAUUAUUCUUUUUUAAAUAUGUAGCGCACAAAGAAUGUUAGGCAGGCUGCUUAUCAGCUUCUGCCAUGGCAGAUGCGAUAUUCUGACGAAUUCUUGGCAGGGGCGUCGUCGGCUACAAGAAUUUGUGAGGUACAUACCUGAAAUAAAUCAGUACUCUUCGGAACUGGAAGUCGUAGCUCUCCACUUUGCCUUUUUAGUCACUUAGCAUUUUGUGGAUCACGCUUCACUUGCUCUUCGAAUUCUUUUGAUUCUGUAACAUCUUUCAACAUGCUGAAGAUUUUUUCUUCAAGUUGAAAUUUACAAUACAAGCUCGGUAGCUUUCCUAUUGCUGUACUGUGCUUACUUGACAAGCAAUAAAAAGCCAUCCCCCAGUACAUGCCCAAUCACAGGCUUUAAUUUUAA